GAUUUCUUGUUUCUCAACAAUAAACGUUUUAAUUUUGUGUUGAUUAAAUUGUUUGGUUAUUAAAUUGAUUUGAAAUUAUUAAUCUAGUUUGAUUAUCGUAAAUUUAGUAGUGUUUCUUUUUCAGAAUGUUGAUUAAAGUAAAGGUAUGUCAAUCUAUUGAAACUCUUACAGGUAAAGAAAUUGAAAUUGAUAUUGAACCGACUGAUAAAGUGGAACGAAUUAAGGAAAGAGUCGAGGAAAAGGAAGGUAUUCCUCCUGCCCAGCAACGUCUCAUCUUCAGUGGUAAACAAAUGAAUGAUGACAAAACUGCCGCCGAUUACAAAGUUACUGGUGGAUCGGUUCUUCACUUAGUCUUGGCUCUAAGAGGUGGUCACAAAACUAAAUCCAAGUCCAAAUCUAAAGGCAAGACAAUAUCAUUGGCAUGUAAUUCCAAGCCUCAUGCUUUAAAAGUGAAAGAAAGACCAAUUAGAAAGAAGAAAGAACGAGCUCAACUGAAAGGACAUUGUUGUGCUCAAUGUGAGAAAUUUCACAAAGGGCUUGGUGAAAAAUCUGAAGAUAAAUAUUCUAGACAUCGAUCGGAUGUUUCACCUCCAAAAACUCCGCCACACUUUUGGGAGGUCGAUUUUCCUUCUACACCUGAGUGCAAGAAAAGAGGUUACAUCAGUUAGUUAAUUGGAUUCUAUGGCCUUUUGUCGGUUUCAAGGUUAUCCAUUAAGCUCUUGUCAAAUUUUCUCCUUGACUCCCACUUUAUCUCUCACUCCACCUUCUUCUGUUAAUCAUCUUCUUUCCCAUCUCUCAACCGAAAAAAACUUGCAACUCAAAAGUCAAGAAUCAACGUAACCAAUGGAGCCGUUAAGCCGUUAACAAGCCGUUCUUUUCAAACAGAAAGUCAUCUUCAAUCAAUUCACAAAAGUACUAAUGAAAAGUCAAGAGGAUAUUCAAACGAUGUGAUACUUGUAUUUACAAAGACAAAAGUACUAACUCUCCUUCAAUCAAUACGAUGAAACAAGUAAAUUUGUUUGUCGUCCAAAUUGUUAAAAAAUAUUUUCUUUUCUAUUUCAAAUGCUAAUCAAUAUGAAAAUCUUGUAAUUUCAUCAAAACAUUUCGUCACACAUUAAAUUUGUGAAUUGUAUUGAUAAACAAAAAAUUAACAAAUUGUAAUUGAAAAAUGAAUGGAAGCAUUAAAAGUAAGUCUUCUGAUUAUGAAACUGAAAAGAUGAUGGAAAAAUAAACUGAUCAGUUGAUCACAACAAUUAA